ACAGAACAGAUCAGACUAUUUUCCCAGCAGACCAAUGCUUGAUGGCAUCUAAAAGGACAUGUAAAAACAAGCAGUAAGUUAUAUAAAACAUUCACAAAUUCUAUCGAUUUUGAAUAUCCUAUUCCACUUAUGAGCUGUUCAAUCAACCAUUCAGUUUUGAUGAAGCAGUCACAACAAAAACAGCCGCAUAAUCAAUACAAUUUUACUUUGUAAUCUCCCUAGUUGUUAUCACACAUAAAACCACACUUCAUGCAAUCACCUCUUCUUAAUUAGCCUCUAGCAACAAUUAAGUUUCAUUAUUGAAGCUAUAAUCAUAUAACAAUGUCUUCUUCUACUAUUGUUAAAAUUCUCUCACUCGUGAUAUCUGCAUCUGUCAUUGUACAAACUACAAUGGCAGGUGAUCCAGAUAUCCCGAGUGAUUUCAUAGCUCCAGACGGAUUCCCUAUUGAUGGGAAAUAUUUCACCUACACUGGUAUGCGCGCAUUUGUGCAACAAUCUGCUCCGCCCUCAUAUUUCACGUAUCUGAGGGCGAGCAAGGAAGAAUUUGCGGCUCUUGAUGGACUGAGUGUGGCAACUAUUAUCCUUGGAUUCCGUCCGGGAGACGUUAGUCCACCGCACAUCCACCCUCGUGCGUCGGAGCUACUCUUCGUUGUUGAGGGAAGCCUUGUAGUUGGAUUUGUGGACACAAACAAUAAGCUCUUCACUCAGAAGCUUCAAACAGGGGAUAUGUUUGUAUUCCCAAAAGGACUUAUCCACUUCCAACUCAAUGAAGAUCCUAAGAACCAUGCUAUUUCUGUAUCUUCAUUGGGUAGUGCCAGUCCUGGCCUUAUAUUAGUUCCUAACAACUUGUUUAACACCUCAGCUGCCAUUGAUGACAGAGUUUUGGCUUUGUCCUUUAAGACAAACGUUUCCACUAUUCAACUCUUGAAGAAAGCUUUGUCAACGCCAUACAAUUGAGAGAAACUUUAUGACAUCCUUUAUAAUCUCUUAUGCUUUUGUGUUACGUGUGCUUCAAGUUAUCUCCUAUUAUUUUUCC